AUGUUAGUAUUGAAAAACAUGUUCCUUGACAAAAUAAAACCAACUACAGAAAUAAACGACGCAAGACUGAAAGAUUGGGUAAAAGCUUUCCCAUUCACAAAAGAUAUAGUUGGUAACAUGGAAAGAAAACCAGAAUGGCUACAAAAACAUAUAUUUGGAAACGAGCUUAUUCCAUAUGGACAGGCACUGUUUGAAGAGCUUGAACCGGAAACUCAGGAAAGAGUCAUGCAAACAAUACGCGAAGACUCAAAUACAGACUAUGACAAACUCUUUCUAGGAUAUAGGUUACCUGAGAUGGGCGACCAGAGCCAAAAGGCAAAAAGGACAUGGGAAAUUUGCAACAUACUAGAUGAACAUAAUGCAAAGAUGCAACAACUUCAAGCAGAGGGCAAUGAAGGAAAAAGAAGAGUUAAAAACUCAGUCAGGAAGAAAGUAAAGCUUGGUCGGAGUGGGUUCUAUUAUGACAUAUAA